AUGGUGAAGGAAACAGCAAGAACUGGUUCUCAUUGUGGCCAGAAUGGCCACAACUCAAGAACUUGUAAUGCAAAGGGUUGUGUUAAACUAUUUGGUGCUAAUAUUCAUGUUCAUCCUGAGAGAGAUGAAGUUGAUAGGAAAAAGGGAGAGCCAUGGCCGAAGGAAGAACACCAACGCUUUUUAAUGGCGUUGAAAAAGGUUGGGAGAGGAAAUUGGAAAAAGAUUUCAAUGGAAUACGUGCACACCAAAACCCCAAUGCAAAUUGCUAGUCAUGCUCAGAAAUAUUUUCUCAGACAAGCUUUAACUAAUGAGAAGAAAAGUAGGUUCUUGGAAGCAUAUGGUUUAAUUAAAUUGAUGAGGUGUAUCGCCUCUGACAAUUUUAAUGCUUGGAGAGCUUCACCAAUGUCAAUGUCACUGCAAACCGCUGCUUCUACAUCUUCAAAUGCAAGAGAUGACGAUUCUCCCGACCUUCAAAUUGGACUGCCUCAAUCCUCCCAUCAAAACUAG